GCAUUUUGUCACUACUUCCACAGCUCUGGAAGAAGCUACGAAUAGAGGAGACGGAGCGUCGCCCGAUUCGGCAAACCGCGUAGCCUUCAGCCUCUCACGCAAUCCCAACGUUUACGUCAGCGAUAACAGAGCCAAGAAAUUUUCUCCUGUCAGUAUUACUUGAUUCGAGUUGGUUCGGGAGCGAGUAAAAAUUAGCUUUGUCUUUAGAUUUUUAAUGAUAAUGUAAUCAUCGUUAUCAAGGUGCCUCGAAAAACCUCUCUUUGGUUCAUUGUUCUGAACAGAUAGAAUCCGUAGGUCUUUACGAAGUUUAUCUCGCCAGCAUACUGAUUUAAUGAAAGAAAAAUAACAGAUAAAGAUAAGCAUUCUUUAUAGCAGUCAUUGUAGAGAAUUUCACCAUGUUAUAAAUUGUGGCCAGUGUGUCCUAGAAAAAAAUUUACUGACAACAAAUACAUUUGUGCGCAAUCAAAUAGGGAUAUCUUUUUGAGCUUUAAAUUUUCCUUUCUCUGCCGCAAUCAAAGCGAAAUUCAAAAUGCCGAAAACAAGUGCUAGAAGCCUUAGUCUGACAAGCCAAGAGAGUUAUUCAGCCGUUAUUAUAGCGGAUAUGGUUGCUGAGGUUCCCAUACAUCCUGAAUCAGAAAUUAUUCAAAGACGGAGUUCUGCUAUGAAAUCCAAAGAGGAAACCAACUUUGGAUAUGACGGCCAAAUGGACACAGAAAAUAUGCCACCUGCAACUGUAAAAUUAGAUGCGAUGGUAACAGUUAACCUGAAACCAGAUCGAACAAAUGGAGGCGGAAUAUCUAAAGGUGUCCUUCUAAACGCAGCUCAGUUUGCACCCACUGACAGCAAACUGAAGAUUAACCAGAAAAUCGAAAACCAAAUCCCUUUGAAUUUACCUACCCAAGCGCCUGAUGCAGUCAAAACGUCACCCACACCAUCAGGGUUUAGUGAUAUGUCCAUCUCCAGAAAAAUAGCUUUUGGUUUCUCAUUCUUGCCUUCUAUUUUAUUCGUUCUCUGUUUCGCUGUAUUACUCCCUUGCGAAAAUUACACAGGACCUCAACCUUCUGUCCAAGAACAAUGGUCCAUUACAUUGAAUGAAACAGCCUGUUCGCACAAGGUUCUGCAUUUGACUUUUUAAAUAUUCAUGCAAUGG